UUUCAGACAGACAGACAGACAGACGGAACAGACAGACAGCAUUUAUGUGUUCAUGUGCGACGUGUCUAACUUCACAAUCUCCACUAAGUUCACUACCACCGCUAGGGGACAGUAGACACUUCAAAGGCGUUUUUUUUAGUCGUUUACGGAAGAAGCCGAAGACGCCACCGCCACCACCACAUUGGUGGUGUCAUUCGGCUAUUUCCGCUGCGGUAGACGCCGUCUCAUGUAAACACUACAUGAGCCGGAAUCCAGGGAUCAAAUUGAAGUUUUUUGAAGCCUUCGGUGUCGUCCGUGGUUCGUGUGUGAUGGAGCUCCGCUUGGACUGAACCGGGAACCGCAACAUGUCUAUGGAAGACCCGUUCUUCGUCGUCAAAGGUGAGGUGCAGAAGGCAGUGAAUGCAGCUCAGAGCCUCCAUCAGAGAUGGAGCGAGUUGUUGCUGGAAGGGGGCGGAGCCUCCAAGGAAGAGAUGGACUGGACUACCAAUGAACUGAGAAACAGCUUACGCUCAAUCGAGUGGGACCUGGAAGACCUCGAUGAGACCAUCAGCAUCGUCGAAUCCAACCCCAAGAAAUUCAACCUGGAUGCUGCAGAGCUGUCCAAGAGAAAAGCCUUCAUCAGCAGCACAAGACACACAGUGAAGGAGAUGAAGGAGCACAUGUCUAGUCCAGCUGUAGCCUGCAUUGACCGAACAAACAAACAGGCUCUGCUGGGUGAUAGUGGUGCUCAGGGUCCGCUGUGGCAGACCUCUGGGGAUAAGUACACCCGACUGGACCGUCAGCUGCAGAACGCCAACUCUCAGUUCAUCGAGGAACAGCAGGUUCAACAACAGCUGAUGGCAGAGCAGCAAGACGAGCAGUUGGAGCUUGUUUCAGGAACAAUCGGAGUCUUAAAGAAUAUGUCUGAGAGGAUUGGCAUGGAGUUGGAUGAACAGUCUGUUAUGUUGGAUGACUUCAGCCAUGAGAUGGACAACACUCAGUCCAGACUGGAUAACGUUAUGAAGAAACUGGCCAAAGUUUCCCACAUGACCAGCGAUCGCCGCCAGUGGUGCGCCAUAGGUGUGCUGCUCGCCAUCCUCUUCGUUAUCCUCCUCCUGCUCUUCAUCCUCUGAUUGACAGACCUUCAUCCUGCAUCUGUAAACUGGAGGUCAAAGUUUGCAAUUUUUAACAAUUCAGACUUCGAUGGACAAAGGUUUUUUUUUGUUUUUUUUUUUGUCUCUGAACUUGAAAGCACCUCCAGCAACGUUAGUCAACGACACUUUUAUUGAAUAACACUAAAAUUGUUUGUUUGCUCUUCAUAUGUGUUUCUUUUAUUGCUUUUUUGACAUAAGUGACUGACACCUUUCCUUUGGUUGCCUCAACACAACAGGAAGUAACCCUAACAGUAAUAAUAAUUACAUUUCUCAUGACACUCACGACCGUACUAACAUGUUUCUGGAAAGUAUUCUGUGUGUGACAGUAAGAAGAAUACAAUAAAGUUUCAGUGAUGAUGAAACUUGGCAGCUGAUACUCUGUAUCAACAAUAAAGUGAAACACACAAGAAAAAAAUCUUUGCCCUUAAAACGCCAUUUUUUUGUUUGU